UUUGCCUAAACUAUGAAGUGUUUGCGUGUUGUUGACGCACAGAAGGGAGAUAGCUGGUGCUGGAAAAUAACAUCAGUAUGGAUCUCCAUCCGCCGCCAUUGAUCCGGGAUUGCCUUAUUCAUAUUUUUACAUUCCUGACUGAGGAAGAUUUAAUCACUGCUUCCAGUGUGUGUCAGGAUUGGAAUGAAGCUGCAGAGACACCUUGGUUGUGGAGGAAGAUGUGUUUGCAGCGCUGGAGUUUCUGUAACCUCGCUGUCCUGGGGAGUGAACCCGUAAAUCACUCAUGGAAGAGAUACUUCCUGCAACGCUGCCACUUAGAGAUGAAGAUGACGACAGGCAGGUCAGGAGGUUACACCUGCAAAAGCCUCAGAGGACACGCAGGCAGAGUGGUAGGGCUGGUGUACCUGCAGGGGAACUCAGCCCGGAGUCCUGACCUCUGGAACAGCCGUGCCACAGUGUGCAGCGCCUCCACUGAUGGUACAGUCCGAGCGUGGGACAUCCAAAAUGGUGAGCUCCUGUGGUGCAGCCCCGUUCAGAGUCCUUUGACAGCGAUUAUUGGGGAUGAACGGCGUGAAGUUGUGAUCACAGCAGACUCCACAGGCCUCAUCAAGACCUGGCAGGGUGAAAGCGGCCAGGAGGGGGCCUCUUUUGCUACUGGCUCUCCACUCGGUUCAUUACUACAGUAUAACAUCAACAACAACUGGUUUCUGACUGUUGGAACCAGCCAGGGAUCUGUGUGUACACUAGCAGAUUCAGCUUUGACUAAAAAGUCCAGUGUGAUGGUGUGUGACUCUUUCAAAGUCAACACUCUCCUAGUUUCACGUGACAAGAAAUGGAUCACUGCUGGAACCAAGGACAAGGAUGAUUUAAGUCCAAAGGUGAUUUACACGGAGAGUUUGACCUCACCGUCUGAGGACGAAGAUCCUCUGUGCCAGUCUUUGCCAGUCACAGGGUGCCAGGCCGCUGUCUUCAUCCCCACUCAGCCUGCGAGACUGGCCCUCAUCCACCACAACAGGCUCCCUAACAACCAAGUCCUCACUGUGUUCGAUGUCAGCAUUAAAAAGACCAAGUACAAGUCCGAGAUCCAGGUCCAGCAGGUGGAGUCCUUCCCUUUGACACUGAACAGCCGGUACUCAAAGGUCCUUCUGGAGGCCGCUGACAGUAACUGCUUAGUGUUGGCAGCCGGGCGGGAGCUAUAUGUCUACUCUCUGAAAGGAGCCCUGAUUGCUAACUUUAAAGAGCAUACCAUGUCUAUCUCUUCUAUAAGCGUGGAUAGCUUUCGUGUGGUGACAGCAUCUCAGGAUCUUUCCUUACGGGUGUUGACAUGGGGAAAGGACAGAGACCAUGGGUUGACCCUAGAGAGCCAAUACCAUUUACUGGGAGGCUCUCACACAAUGUCCAGAGGGUUCACGCAUGUCGCCUGCGACUACUCCAGCAUCACGGCCUCAGCAGAAGGGACAGACGGAAAAGACGUCUUGAAAGCAUAUUCUUUCACCUCUUGAGUGACAUUGCUUCACAUAAAGGCUUCUUCCCAUGCAUUACUACUCCGUCCCUCUGCUCAACAUUCCACCUGGAUAAAAAGCUACCUUUUUUGGUAAAGUCAUUGUUUCCCACAGACCCAGUACGCUGGAUGGUGCUCUGCUGGGCGUUCUGCAGUAGACGGGAUCCAUCUUUUUGGUUUUCUGAAUUCUUGAUUUGCCAGAGUGAGCCUGUUGAGCCGUGUGAAAAGUCAGACAUGUUGCUUUCACAACCUUUAAUAUGGAUUGCCUGGUCCGGUGGAGAAAAAGACAUUUCAACAUUGCUCCGUGACAUGGGACCUAACUGUGAGCCGAGUCGUGUCAAGUCAGACUCACUGUAGCUCAGACUUUUGCGAUGGUAGAAAAUGGGUGGUUCGUGAAAAUGCCUUGGUAAUGUGGGCGCACCUGGUAAGCGGGGUUCCUUUAAAAAAUACUCUGGGCCCAUCUUCUCAAUGACGCUCAGAGUCAUCUCUAUGUCUUCAACAUCAGGGGCCACCAGAAUGUCUUCCUCUAUCACUUGUCGAUUCUCUGCGAUGUCCAACAGCAGCCUAGACACUAGCCGGACGAUCUUUGGCAGGUGCCUCAGCUCCUUCCUCUCAUGGCCAUGCAAUAUGUGUCUCUGGCGGUUCAGGUACUGGGACAGGGUGACUGAGUUGAAUCGGGGCUCAGCACAGGAAAACACACGCCUCAAAGGGGCAAGGAACUGGACAAAGUCUCUGACACAUCCUAACUGGCCUCGGGUCUGGAUGGAGUUGGGCCGUUUAGCACGAACAAACAGAAUAGCCUGGUUAGCAGUCAUCCUGGUAGCAUAGGCCAAGAAGCAUGCUAUCAGCACACCUGCAGGGAAGAAAGAGGAAACCCUUGUAUUUCAGAGGAAUAACGGUCCUUAACACUUCCUAAAGCAUUCCUUGAAUAUAUAUACCUGUUCUGCCGAGGCCAGCGUGACAGUGGAUUGCUAUCUUUCCCUCCUGCAGGGCGAAGGCCAUGACCUUCACUAUGUCGAGCAUCGUUGUCAGGUUGGCCACUCCAUAGUCACUCCAGCCGAAAUUGUAGAAAUAAACUGAAACGGUGAGAUGUUGGCAGUUAAAUCUGAGCAACAAUACAGAUAAACCAAGAUGUAUUGUAUCGAGCAAUUACUGUUGUUUUCCAUGAAGACCUCUGGGCGGUAUGAGAAGCCGCUCUCUGGCUCCAGAGGGUUUCCGCAGCUGGCGUGUUCACCAGGUAUCUGUAGGUUGAUCACUGUUUUAAUACCAUCCCUUGACACACACACACACACACACAAACAGAGACAUGAAAAAUGCAUUAUUAUCGUCUCCUCAGGUGCUGUGUGUUCGUAGUCAGGAAGCUGCUGAAAACAAAAUUGUCUAUACCUUCUGAAUUGAUCGAUGAUGUGAUACUUCUUAAUGAUUUCUGUUGAGGGUCUGGACAUUGCCAGAAGAUGAUCAGUGAUCCUAAAGCAAUAGAAAAAGGUUAUAUUAACAUGGAAAAAUAUCAUUUCAAAAGCUGUUAAAUUAUGUUGUACUAUGACAACUACUAAAGAGAAACAUGUUUACCAUGAUGAGUAGAGGCCUGUUAUGGCCUGUUGGUUAUCACUCCAGUAAUUUGGGUUGUCAUAUUUGCAGGCUGGACCUCUACAGCCUAUUGAACAUUGCAUAUGUCCAGGGACGACAUAACGUAUAGCUUCCCCUACAAUCGUGUACUUUGACCUGGGGGCUCUGACUGGAAGAGACAAAAAAGAGACAUCUGUUAUUACACACAACUUAAAUCCUAAAUUGUAAGUAUUAUAACUAUAAGAUAGCUGUUUAUUGUUUUUAAUUUACUCUCAAAGUUAAACUGGAAGCUUUAGUUAAGUGUUUUCUCGGCUGAAUUAAAUAAUAUUUGAAUCCUCUUACAGCUUCCAUAUUAUUCAACAGCACUUCACCAAAUAGGUUGGUCUGUAGCAUCUAAAUAAUUAACUCCAGUAGAGGUGUCUAAUCCUUGUUUGGCUUUGCAAGUCUGUUAUCUGGGCAUCACAAUAAAAGUAGUAGUCUAUCAUCCAGGCAUCACAAUAAAAAUAGCCACAGGCACUUUUGAAAUCCAUUUUGAUAUAGUCAUUGACAGAUACGUUAUUUUAUUGACGGCCAACUACCCGUUUUACUUACUGUAUUCCAUCAGAGCGCCACCUGUUGUCUUUACAUGGGAUGCCAUAUGUACAGUCACACAGACUCACAUCCACAGUCAUAGCAGAGCCUGGAAGCACAUAGAUCUAGUUAUGCUAUAUUACACACUUUAUCAUGUGCAUCUGUAAACAUGUGCACAAAAUGUGCUUAGAGCCUUCUCGUAAGCCUGAAAAACCGUCCUAUUAGCAGUUUACUAACAGGAUGGAUAAGGCAUCUCAGAAGUUACCAGAGCUCAGGAUUGUUUUAUUUUUGGACUUUAUAAACCUAAGUCAUCAUUACGUUUUUAUACACGUCAAGAGAAGUUAGAUUAGUCCAAAUUAGAUUAGACAUUAUAUCAAAGAUCAACAUUUAAAAUCAUAUUCAGUCAAGUAUUCAGUCAAAUGUAAAGCAGCCAUAUAAAUAAUCGGCAAGCUGCUAUUCUUAACUGCCAGUUUUAGUAGCUCAUCACACUACAACCUUUAUUUCAUUUCUUCAAGACCAAUGUGCAAAAUAAUCAACUUUUAAUUUAUGUAAAAAAUGAAAGUCUGAAGUAACAAUAAAUACAACAAAAUAGAACAAAAAACAUUUCAUUUGAUAAAAAAAGAAGAUAUAUUUACCUGUAGUAAGUGAGACGAGAUGCUUGCAACCACCAUCUACAAACACAAAUGGUUCACAGCUGCAGUUUCCAACCUUUCUGACAUCAAUCUCCACAGCGCUGAC